AUGUCAUCCGCGAAGGAACUCACCGACACCCCAACCGAUCUUCUGUAUUGCCAUGAGGAUAUGCAAGCCUGGUCUCCCCUUGAGCUUUUUCCAGCAGAGGAAGAUGAUGACUUCUUCGAAGACGACGAAAUGAUGGAUGAUGAGAUGACCUUCCCUUACGGUUUCAGUGAUUAUUACGGUAACCAGGAGGACGGGGAGGAUGACCUUUCUGGUGACUCUAUCGAUUCUCCACCUCCCGAGGACGGACCCAGCGACGACACUCUCGCGCUGGUCCCAUUCACUCCCACACCGCAGCCCCCAGGCGUGUACGGCUUCACCGGGUUCGAGCCGGAGGCGGACAUGGCGGCGUGGGCCGAAUGGUUGCUUCAGGUCGACCCGAUCGAGAUCUUCCUGAAGAUGUACAAGACCGGGUUACCACGCUUUGGGAACCGCUACCUCACCUACAUCCCCGUCGACCCUGCUUACGCCGGGAACCUGCUCCAGUUCCACACCAACACCCUCGAGCUCAGCAUGCUACCUGGGAGGAUCAGCAGGACGGAGGGCCUGGUCGCCGAGACGCGCUGCAUCAACUCGGGGCGGAGGCUCUACUGCUGCAUGCGCUGCUUCGCCAGCUCCAGGGUCAAGCCCUUCAUCGACACCAGCUACGACGGCAUCGUCGGGCACAUCUGCCGCGAGACGGCGUGCCGGAGUCUGCAUGGCUGCUGCUUCAUGUAG